AUGGAGAGUAAAACUAGCAUUGGCAACAAAAGCGUGAAGACGGCGAAGGGAGCUUUCAAAAACAAAAAGAGUUUGAUGCCACAGGCUUCAACAAAAAUUUCAAAGCAGAUCUCGAGUACUGGUCAGUCAACUGGCUCUACAAAUGGAGAGAAAAAAAAGAAGCCACCACCGAAGAUUUGGGACAAUGAAUUACAGAAGAUGGUCAUCAAACCACUAAACUUCCUAAUGAUAAGAGCAGAUCUACAAAAGGAAAGACAGAGUACCGGCAUGUCAUUAUUCAUUAAUGAAGAAUUAGAGAAGUCUGUUGUAGUUCGUAAAUCAAAACCAGAAAUUGCAGGGAAAACUGUCAUGGUUCUGAAACCAGCAUCGCCCAGUGCUGAAAUACAGUACAGUAAAGAUAUAAGUUAUGCUGGUCCUAGAUUCAGUGACAAAGGAAAGUUUAUCACUCACAGUAUCCUGGGGGGACUGGAAGAUUUCAAGAAGAUGGCACUUCAGAAAGGAGAGUUUCAGCAUUUGUUUGCUAGCCACACAUCCACCAUGAAGAGAAGGAAGCCUAAGGUGGAUGAUUUCUGUCGCCCACUAAAGACAUGGAAACAUCACCUGAAGGACUGGAAAAACUUAAGACGCCAUCUUUCUAAUAAAGUUUCCCGCCCAGCUGAGAAUCUGCUGAUGAAUACGCCCGAUAUCUAUCCUCGACCAAUUCUGGAUAGACAACAUGUACAUGCAGCUCUAGAAGCUAUGUACGCUAGUCAUGGAGAACACAGGGUAGCCAGUAGAUUCUGGAGACAGAGAGUACCAAGGGGAGACGAUCUCACUGGAAUCCAUGUGACAUUGAACCAAUCAGAAAAGGGAACAGUUAUGGCCUCUGAACAAUUUGUCGAUGUCCCCAAUAGUAUCAAGCAGGAGAAAGGUGUUAUUAAGAGGAAUUACCCAGCCUACUACACCCACUAUCUCCAGGAACAGGAAUCAGCUGUCUCUGAUGUCAUACAUAUCCUUAAUCCACACCACCCUUUAAUUGAGGAUCUAAGCAUUACUGGUAAGACACAGAAACCUUCAUCAGCGCACUCUGGUGGAGACGGACCAAAUGUUGUAGGGGACAUAACUCUUGAAGAAGUUCAUAUCGGCAAAAGAGUUGAGGAAGAUAUUUUUGAAAAAAGUGCUUCACAUUCCUCAACUAUUCAAGAUCCUAUCACAACCACACAAAAUGGGCCAGCUGUCAUGAUUGGUAGCCAGGUGUUUGGGUGGGUGGGGCCUAACCUUGACCACAGAGGACAAACAGCAGGGAUAGCUUCUGUGUUAUUUGAGGGUGUAGUGGGUAAAAACCUGCUCAGUUAUCUGGAGAUCUACAAUGUCGGUACAACUGUGAUCUACUAUGAAUGGACAAAAAAUGAGAAGAAAGGUUUAGAAAACCUGCCAUCUUUCCAGAACAUGAAAUUCUACUUCUUUACUGAGGGAGGUGUAUUGGCUCCUGGAGAGAAACUCAAACUUCCCAUCCUCUUUAAAGCAAAUAUUGGUGGAAUUUUCUCUGAGUCCUGGAAACUAGUAACCCGUCCUUUGUUGUGUAGCGGUGCCGAUAUUGUAAUCAACCUUAAAAGUGUGAUUUCUGUUACAAAACUUCCAAACCAGGAACUCGACAAAGUGGAGAAAUGCCUUACUCACAGGAAUGCCUUAACCAUCGCCUCCGAGUUGAUUGAAGAUAUUUUUCACAUAGUGAAAACUCCCUUGUCUCCCUUGUCUCCAGAAAUAGAACACGUUUCCCAGGAGCAAGAGUUCCAACAGCGUUUCCCAGGGAUGAUCUAUCAUUCUGGUAAAGCUAUGGAAAUGGAGACAUUUUACAACACCAUUCUUACCUCCAUACCAAGAGAGUUCCCUCGUCAGGAAUGCUCCUCGGUAGCUGUUAAACAGGCUUUGGGUGAGCUGAUCAGCCUGGACCCAACCAAUGUGGAGGAUGAGGAGAAAUGUUGGGAAGAGACCUGUUACAAGUAUUCAUGUCUCAAUACCUUCGACCAUCUGUGUUCUUCCCUCCUCUUCACCUGGCCUACCCCUGUGUAUAGUCAGCCCUGGGAGAGAUAUAAAAUAGGACUAUCAACCCUACAGGGUGCAGUAGACAGGUUCAUGGACAUGACAUUUAGGACAGCUAGAUUGCUGGGUCUGCCUCUCCGGGUCGAUGAGGAGGAGGAAGCACUGGACAAAGCAGCCAGAAAAGCACCUCCAAAGAAAAGUCUGUCUGUGAAACCAAAGAAAAAAGAAACUGAAAAGGCAGUGGUGAACAACCUGGCACCAGGUGGUCAAUCUAAAGAUGACAAGUUGAAGUCCUCCCCUUCCAACAAAGGACGACCUAAGACCUGCAGUCCUGAAUCUAACCCAGAUCCUGGCGACAAAGCCCCAGACAGCUUCAUUCCUGUUGUUGUGUCAAAAGUGUGUAAAAGUGACAUGGAAAAAUACAGGGAACGUGUUCACCUCCAGGCCUACCUUAUACUGGAAUCAGCUAUUGAUGAAAUGUUUCGAUUAUUUGAGGACUAA